AUGCGGGCUCUGACAGCCGCAGCCGCAGCUGCGCUGCUGGUUUCGCAGAUGUUUGCUGCAUCUGCAUCGUCGCCGGUGCAAGCAGUAUUUCAGGCGGAUUCGACCUCGUCUGCACCAAUCAACACGCUGAGGAAACCCUUCGGACGCUUCCUCCACGUCACAGACCUCCAUCCCGAUCCACACUACAAACACGCAUCAGCGGUCAGUGGAGCGUGUCAUCACAAGAAGCCCAAAAAGGGCAAGCCGGAUGGAAAGCUGCGCGCGGGAUGGUGGGGAACGGCGUUGACAGACUGUGAUUCCCCGCCUCGUCUGGUCGAGUCGAGUCUCAAUUGGGCCUCUCGCAAUCUCGUUCAAUACUCUUCUUCCAAACAUGACCAUGCGGAUGUGAUCUCUCCCUCUGCGGGAGGUGUAGAUGUCGGCCUUGACUUCAUCAUCUGGACAGGCGAUUCGGCGCGACACGACAACGACAAUCGCGUGCCACGAUCCAGUAAAGAGAUCUUUGAACUCAACCGUUGGGUCCUCGAUCAGCUCGAAACCUCGUUUCCAGGUGUACCCCUCAUCCCCACUGUUGGCAACAACGACAUCUUUCCUCACAACAUUCUCUUCCCCGGUCCCAACGCCGUGACGAAGGAAUACGUUCAGAUCUGGCAAGAUCACAUCCCCGAAUACGAAUUUCACACUUUCGAACAAGGAGGCUACUACGUGAAAGAGAUCCUGCCCAAUCGACUCGCUGCGAUGUCGCUCAAUACGUUGUACUUCUACGACAACAACAAGGCGGUGGAUGGAUGCGUCAAGACGAAACGAGGUUCAAAGGGCAAGGAUGUGGAUCCCGGUACAGCACAGUUGGACUGGUUAGAGGUCCAGUUGAACCUGUUCAGGAGCAGAGGCAUGCAGGUCCAUCUGUUGGGUCAUGUACCACCGACGGCAGGGAACUACUUUGAGAGAUGCUACCGAAGGUAUACGGACAUCGUGUUGCGGUAUCAGGACACGGUUGUUGGGCAACACUUUGGUCACAUGAACACGGACGCGUUCUUCAUCCAAGAGGACGAGGAGGAGGCGUAUCAGCAAGAAAUCGAGAAGAACAACGAGGUGGAGGCUCAGGAAGAACCAGGGCUGCCGGGCGAUUUGAAGCAGGAUUACUCGACACUGCCAGGCAAGGGAAGGACGAACGAAGAUAUGUACUCGGUGUUUUACAUCGCACCGAGCAUCAUUCCGACGUUCUACCCGUCCAUCAGGUUGUGGACGUACAACACGAGCGAAGCGGCGAGGUAUGUUGCUGCCCACUCGUCGAGUUUGAUCUCAGCGGUAGACGAGGACGAGGUGGAGGAAGCAGACGAGGAAGAAGAAGAUGGAGGAGUCGAGUCGGAGUCUCCCUUCGGCACGCUAUCAAGGCACCACCAUCGACCCACACCGCCAAAGAAGCGCAAAGGCAAGAAGCACAAGAAAAAGAAACGUAAAGCUCUCCCCCGCCAUGCAUCGCCGGACUCUCCUUCGCGAACCAACACGUACCUCAGCCUGUUAGGAUACAGUCAGUGGGUGAUGGACAUCGACGAGCAGAACGAAGCUAUCGAGCAAAUCCUGCACCCCAAGAAGGACGACGUUUCCACAUCGGCAUUCACACAGGAAAAGGGGGUCGAUAAAAAGAAAACGAAGAAGGACAAGCACGACGGUAAGGACGACGAGGAGAGAAAACGAAGACAGCACGAGGCGGAAAAGAUGCAAGUCUCGUACCGGCUCGAAUACGCCACCUACACACCUGAGGUGUUGUGGACCGAGUUUGGCUCCACCAGCUCCGACCGACCGGGUCCGGUACCGAAAGCGCUGCUGGAGCAAGAACUGCAUCGAGCAGGGCUGCAGAGUCCCUUCAUCACAUCCGACAUCCAAGACGUGGAUCAAGAGGUCGGAGCGUCGAAAAAGCGCGGUGUCAAACUGGCAAAACCGCUGAGGAAGUUCACCGACUAUUCGCUCGCUUCGGCUACGAUCGGCGAUAUGAUGGAUCUGGCACGAAGGUUGAUGGUCGACAAGAAGUUGUGGAAGCGCUUCAAGAGGAGGAUCUAUUCGGAGAGCGGAUAUCUGCCGUGA